CAGGUGGCGGAGAAGGCGAGCGAGCGCGCGCUGAGUCACACCUGAGUCCGGUCAGCCCACUAGGGGGCGCGGGAGAGGCGCGCCGAUAGAUAAAGAAGGCGGCCGAGCGGCUUUGCUCGUCACAAAGCGGGUCGCAGCGGAGCGCGAAGGGCGCAAACGGUCGCGGCGUUGUUCAACGGGACAAGGCUACUUUUAUUUAUUUUAUUUUUCUUUCUCACACCCCGGAUUAUCGGUUUGGGUAGAAUGACGUUUUCAAUGGAAAACUUUAUCUCCGUGCAAAUGGAGAACUUGACGGGUCCGGAAUCUGACUGGUCCGAGGUGCACGAAGCCGUCCGAUGGAUCCAGUUCUUCAUGGCCCUGUUGAGCAUUGCUGGAGCUGGAGGCAUCAUUGUUUACGCCGCUUUCCAGAACCUAAUCCAGACCCCAGAGGUGAGACCCCUUUUUUACUUGAGCUUGUCGGACGUGAUGUUGGGGGUCAGCUGGCUGAUCGGAGCCCUACUCUACCAGGAACAGCAGUCCGGGAAGUUCAACGUUGCCUGCUAUAAUAUGCAGCCAGCAGGAGAGAUUUUUUACAUCGCCUCGUUCCUCUACACUGUCAACUACACCGGGGUCCUUUAUCAGAAUUUAAAGGAGAAAUGCAGCAGGAACACAAGCGGCUUCUCCCCCAAGAUCACCGACUGCGCCAAUCAGUGGAGCAAAGCUGCGAUAAUUCUGUCGAGUUUAAUCCCCGUGGUCCUCAUGACCCCCGUGUUUGCAGCGGGAAACGCAGCGGAGUGCUACCAGAACUUCUCUGAGCCGUACAAAUGUCUCCUGAUGCACAGGUCGCUGUUGGACCCGGCCGCUGAUUUCGGCGAUGUCCCCUCACACACCUGUCCCGGGCUUCUUUACUACAGGAUUGCAAUUUUCCUGCUGGCCUUCUUUGCCACCUUCAUAGGAAUUCUGGUCAUGCUGGUCAAGGCUCGGACCCUCUACAAGAAAACCGUCCAUCUCAGCGGGUAUCUGGGAGACCAGCAGUGGGCCAACAUCAACAUCAUUGAACGGCGGGUCAUCCUCUACCCCAGUGUCUUCCUCUGCUGCUGGGGUCCAGCAAUCCUUCUGCUGGUCCUGAAGUUGAUAAAACCCGACGGGCCCGAGAAGGUCUAUGCUGGCCUUUACGUCAUUCAGGCCCUGACGUCCGCCUCCCAGGGGCUGCUGAACUGCUUUGUGUACGGCUGGACUCAGCACUCGCUGCGCUUCAUGAAGAAGGCGGCCUGCAGGGACGUGGAUACGCAGACCCCUUUGCUGCGCUGCCAGAAGAAGUCGUACGCCACCCUGAACUUCCCGAAAUUCGGCGCUUCAAGCAAACCUGAGCUGCCCACUCAUGAUGGCGCUUGCUGAGGGUUUCAGAUACGAUUUUUGGACAGGCUGGCACGGACUCCUAAAGGCUGGUAGCUUUUUGAGUUGGGCGGUGGGGUGGAGAGCGUUGCCAUUUGUGAACUGUAUGCCAUGUGACUCUAGGCGGGGGUGGAGCCUCGGGUGGGCACCGUGCCAGAGUCAGGCUGUCAAGGACGUGGAAGGGGGACAUGAGGGAGGCUUGAGCGACUCACCCUUCAGAGAGGGGGGCACUGUGGAACAUCAUUGAAUGGUGCCCAGACGCCAGCCCUCAAGGGUCUGGUGAUGUAGGCCUGCACUUCUCAUAUUUGACCCAGUGAUCACGUGUGCCCACCAUACCCACCCCGGACUGAAACUGGCACAGCAAACCCUGACUUUGGCUGUCCUGAAAGACCACCAUUGAGGGUCACGUGAGCAGGUGGCAGGUAGGCAGUCUCUGUGUUGUGUUGUGUCGUGCUGUUGGCACGGUGCCGUCUGCCAUCUUUGUGGGCAUAGAGGGAAGGUGAAAGGCUGACAAGGCUGUCAAAUGGCGGCGCCAGCGCAUAACUUGCUGCAUUUUUAUUAAAUUAUCUUUUGUUUUUUUGUA